GCAUAAUCACUUACCUUUUCAAACUCCUUGUCCAGUGGUUAUAUGUCACCAGAGUAUGCACUGCGAGGAAGAUUUUCUGUAAAAUCAGAUGUAUAUAGCUUUGGGGUUAUACUACUAGAAAUCGUUACAGGCAGAAAGAACAGAGUUUAUUACCAAGAGGAAUCUCCGGAAUCAAAUUUGGUCGAACAUGUUUGGAACUUGUGGCUAGAAAGUAAUGCUUUGGAAGUCGUAGAUUCAUCUCUGGGUGAAUCAUACCCUAAGAAUGAAGUUCUGAGAUGUAUCCACAUUGCUCUCUUGUGUGUGCAAGAGUAUGCAAUUGACCGGCCAACCAUGUCUGCAGUUCUUAUCAUGUUAGGUAAUGACGCCACACUUCCUUCGCCAAAACAACCUGCAUUUCUAUUGCAGAGAAGUGCUACUAUAGCUAGUAGAGAUUCAUCAACCAAAGAUGGAAUUGAUUCUGUAAAUAAUGUAUCAUGUACCAUGAUAGAAGGCCGCUGA